AUGGCACCAAACACCGCUGAGGAGCCAGACCUUGGUUCCAGCCAUGAAUCAAAUUGCCCAACCACACAGCCAGAAUCUGGAAAUACAGCUUCUUCACAACCACUGGUGUCUUCUUCGCCUAUAGAUGAAGCCCAGACUGUCCCCUCAACAAAUCAACUGGAUGUACGAAGCGAGACAGAGCCAUUAACACCACCAUCCUCGACUCCUCCGCCAGCAGAGCACUCCGGCAUCCCGCCUCCCUUGUCCGCCUCCAACUCGGAGAGCCUAGCCAUCGUCACCAUGUCUCCGACCUCGACCUCGCCCUCGGAGCAGCCCCAACAGACUUCAGAUACUCCUCAACAACCGCAGACCUUCUCGCCAGAGGCCCAGCUGAACUCCGAGUCUUCAGAACCAAAGCCGCUGAGCCCUGCGAUAGGCCCUUCGUCAGAUCUCCCCAGCCCAUCCCCUAAAGAAUCCGAAGAUGCUGGCAUUCCAUUGGUGAUCACUCUGCUCCUGACGACUGGCGCCAGACAUCCGUUUAAAAUUGAUGGGAGAUAUUUGCGCAAACGUGAAGUCAACGUUCCCGAUAAUGACCCGUUCGCCAUGAGUGUUUAUACCCUGAAGGAAUUGAUAUGGAGGGAGUGGAGAUCAGAAUGGGAGCCUCGACCAUCUUCUCCAAGUUUAAUUCGCCUAAUAUCCUUUGGCAAACUCCUUGACGACAAGGCGCCCUUAUCGGAUUCUAAAUUCAAUCGAGAUGCUCCCAAUGUUGUCCAUAUGACCGUGAAGCCCCAGGAUAUCGUCGACGAGGAAGAUGCCAAAGCUCCCAAGGGCCAUUAUCACCGUGACCGCGAGGAUGGCGACCGAAGCCCUUCGUGUCGCUGCAUCAUUUUGUGAAGCCGAGCCUACUGAAAAGGCCUAUGGAAGUGCGCGGAGAUGGUGUCUUCAUGGCGGCUCCGCGUCUGGCUUGCCCUUUUACCAAUUCAUCCUGGAUUGCAUAUGUUUCCGUACUCCACAAAUGGUCUGCACGGAUGCGAGACUACGCCAGGUGCCAUUCACUUUUUUAUCCUUACACACACAAGCCAUUUUCACUCACAUCAUCGUAAUCUCCUAUACCUGUCUUCGAUUGUCCGCGUUUCCCUAAUGCAUAGCGAGUCUUUCUCACUCGCCUCCCCGACCAACAAUAUCUGUACAGAACGGAAGUCUGGCCAUUUUUACUGGCAACGGGUCUGCUGGUGCUCAUUGGUUCAAAUCUCAUGGUGUUUUCCCCGCUUUUCUGCGUUUCGAGGCUCUGGUUGGUAUGGUUCCCAACGGAGUACAGGGCCUUACAUCCACGAUACCUUAACGAUCCUUCUGGUUCAGCAUUGUUAAGCUGCCCUUUGAUGGCAAAUUAUUUUGUUUGCCACAGCAUUACUCCCUUUUUUUUUAUUUUUACUUUUAUUUUUACUUUUAUUUUUAUUUUUUUCCAGUUUCUUAUUUUAUAUCAUCCCCACCCGUCAGCCCGUUGCCAUUGCACAUGAGCAUGUUAGGAUCCAUUGCAUUUUCUCCUUUUUCGCCAAUGUUUCCUCUUGCAUGACCCCAUUCUUGUUAACUAUAGAGGCGAAUUUAUGACAUGAAGAUACCAUACAA